AUGGAUUUUCCUUUUACGCAAGACACUCAUUCAGAACAUGUUGAAAAGGUAGCAAGAUCAAUUCGGUACAUUUGUCCAGUCAAAACAGAUGAAUCUUUUGCACAGCCUAUACUAAUUGCCUUAGGACUUGAAGAUUUAAUAGUGAAAAUAGACUCUCUUAGUAGAAGAGUUCAACUGAUCACAGCGAAUCAAAGCCAAGAGAGAUUUAAGAAUGGAACUGUGUGUGUCUUUGAGGUUGAUGUGAGAUUGGGAAGUUAUGGCCUAGAAGUUCUGGAUAAGAAUUCCUCGAAUAAGUAUGAUUUCUUCAGAGUGAAAGACAUACCCAAAGCUAUCCUCAUACACAGCAAGUCUGUAUAUGUUGUUGACGCUAAGCUUAAAGUCUAUGAUCAUUUCAAGAGCGAAAUUCUAUCAGGCAAUAUAUUCCUUCAGCAUGUAUUUGAUGGAUAUGAAGAAAUAUCAAAGAUUUGUGCACAUCAUUCAAUUUCCACGUUUAGUGAGAAAGUAAAUGCAAUGAAAAAAAGCAUACCUGUUGGUGAUCUUCCAAAUAUUCUUUCAUUAGCUGCAGAUAGGUCACUUUCAGAGACAAAUUUAAGACAUUUAUGCCACAAUGUAGUCAUAAAAGAUCAAGGAACAACUGUCGGUAAAGUGGGUAGUGCAAGCUAUUCAUGUCGCUUUAUGCCCACAGUGAACCGCCUUAAACAGGAGUUGAUGAAAGAAACACUUGACGAAGCAGUCAAGAGUUUAGCAUCUGAGAUAUCUAAAGGUAUUUUAGUACACAUCGAAUCUAAAAUACUUGAAGAACUUGAACAAGACUUCAAAAAACUCAAUAUCUCAAUAUCAUCAGAAAUGUUUGAGCAAGUUAAUGUUGUAGUUGUAUCAAUCAUUGUUGUACUGUUUAAUGAACUGAAAACCUUGAUUAUGACUGUGGUUACCUUUUUGGUUACAAUAAUUAUACCGAUUGAUAUAAAUUCCACAUCUUGGAGAAAUAAAGUGGCAGAAGAAAUUUACAACAUUAUUAAAAAGGAAAGAAAUGGGAUACUUGAUAAAACUAUACAAAAAAUCCGUCCCAUCUGCGAGAGAACAGUUGAUGAAUUAAUGAAUGUUUAUAGCAAACUCGAGGAGGGAAAACGUGAUCUACGCCUUGUCCCACAAGAAAGAGAUGUUGAAGAAUGGGGAAAAAAACGUGAUAUAAUGAAAGACGUGUCAAAAUUGAAAGAUUACCCGUCUGUUUUAACCUUCAUUGCUGGUCGUAAAUAUGGUAGCCCCCAUGUAAAGGUGUUCCUCAAAUUUGAAGACGAAAAAGCAAAGUCGUUUUUGAAAUCAAGAAUAAUUCCAUUUGGAACCAGCGUGGAAUUCGUGAAUGUAACUGAGCGUUUUAAUACACUAAGAGAAGAAAAUAUUCAAAGGCAAGAGGAAAAAGAGGGAACUACCACUCUCAGAAAUCCACUGUAUGAAAUACUUGAAAAAGAAGAAGAAAAAAUUUAUGCAAAACAUUCUAGUGUUGUUGCCAUCGAAGCAAAUCAAUCGAAGCUUUAUUUUACUUUGUACUGCCUAGAUAAAUUUUUAAUACCUUUUGGCGAGGAGCCCUUACCAAAUCAACUUAGCGGAUACCCUUGUUUUGUAAAAGAGGACAUUGUCCGAUUAGGCUACUGCGAUGACUGUCGAGAACUAAACCCUGGUUGCAGUAUCGGGUUACCGUGGACACCAAGCACUGGCUCAGUUGGAUUUCUGGCAAGGUCAAAUAACAUUUCUUUACCAGUCACUGGCUUCUUGACUGCAGCUCAUGUUGCGAUUGAGGAGUAUGGGGAAUUGUUUACACAAGAAAUAAGGUUUUCUGAAAGUUACUUUUCUAAUCGUUGGCAUUAUGUAGUUCAUCCUUCGUUGCCGGAUAGUGCCAACAGUACCAUCAUUGGAAAUGUUGUCGAUUCAUUUUGCGGAAAUUAUAAUUCAGUUGGAAUAGAUGCUGCAUUUGUUAAGGUGUAUCAACCAAGAAAAAGAGAACAAGUUGUGAUGAGGACCGCCUCUGAACAUUUACUUUGUUCUAACGGCAAGACAGAAGUAGUGAAAUAUGGGAGAGCAACUCUUAAAACAAAAGGUAUUCUGUACUGCCUAAUGUAUUCCUGUAAAGUGGAUUCACUGGUGAAUGGAUAUAUGAUCCCACGAGUCUUUAGAAAUUGCUACAGCAUUGCAGAUCAGGGCGAGAUUUUCUUCAGGGAAGGCGACUCUGGGUCUGGGGUUUAUUUAAUCGACAGACAUGAAAAUCAAUUGAAGCCUCUUGGAAUUGCAUUUGCUUUCCAUAUUUUUAAUCCAAGAACUGCAGUGUGUAAAAUUAAAACCAUUCUUCAGGUAUUAAACGUCUCUAUAGUGAAGGAUAGAGACUUGGUGGUAGAAGAAGACAUGGACACAUCUUAA